AUGGCCGGCUCUCAGUUGAAGCAGUUAAAAGCUGCACUUAAAGAAAAGGGCCUUGUGGGACAGACAAACGUCAAGAGAAAGAACAAAAAGACCGCACCUUCUGAUACUCGAAGAGACAACGAGUUGAAGCACCGUGAAAUUACCAAGAUUCGUGAUGAGUUCAACCAGUUCGACAACAGAAUCAACCGUUCCAAACAUGACUUCACGGUGAUCCUGGGUGGAAAGUUUGUGAAGGCGGGAUCCAAACAGCAUAAUGAAACUUCCAAGUCUCACUCUGGCGUGGAAAAAGCCAUGCAGUUGGAUUAUAAAGCGCAAAAGCUGAUCAAGGGACGUUCGGGAGGAUUGGUGGAUCGUCGUUUCGGAGAGAAAAACCGCAACAUGACGGAGGAAGAGAAGAUGUUGGCAAGAUUUACUAGAGAGAGACAGUCUGGCACCAAGAAGAAUGCCUUUUCAUUGGGAAGUGACGAUGAGUAUGAUGAGGACGAAGGAUUCUCGCUUACACAUUCAGGUAAAAAGUUGGAUUUUGCCAACUUCGAGGAAAGCGAUUUGGGAGUAGGUUCCAAUCCAACCUAUGUGGAUGAAGAUUCUAUUGAGCCCCCACGUAAGAAGUCCAAGAAGGACGUUAUGGCCGAGAUCAUUGCCAAAUCGAAGUUUCACAAGAAGCAGAGACAAAUGGAAUUCCAGAAAACGCAGGAGGAGAUCAUGGAUUUGGACGACGACUUCGCUGAUGUCAUGAAUGACCUCCAUAGUCAGAAGUCCAAUGGUACUAACGGCAUUGUCCCCAAGUCCAAGGAAGACAUAGAGUACGAUGCCAAGGUGAGAGAAUUAACAUACGAUAGAAGAUCCGUUCCAGCAGACAGAACGAAAACCGCCGAGGAAAUUGCUCUGGAGCACAAUGAGAAGAUGAAGAAAUUGGAGGCGGAUAGAUUGAUGAGAAUGCAAGGCUUACAGACUGGUGAUGCCGAUGCGGAUGACUUGGAUGACAACUUCUGGGGCGGAAGUGACGAUGAGGAGGGCUUUGCUGUCGAAGAAGAGGGAGAAGAGGAAGAGAAUUCUGAGGGAAGUGAAGAUGAAGAGGACCAAGGAGGAAGACCCAAACGCACAAUCACUCCCGCUGUGUCGAUGCCUUCGUCACACGAGCAGUUUGUUGAGCAGCUCAGCGCCAUUGAAUCAUCCAAAAUCGUUCCACAUAUAAAGAAAAUCUCCGAGGUGUAUCAUCCCAGACUUGCGCAAGGCAACAAAGAGAAAAUGGACAAUUUCGUGGGCAUUAUCUUUGAGCAUAUCUUGUAUUUGGCCAACCAGGAAGAUUGUGAUUCGCAAUUGAUCGAUGGCCUCACCAAACUCGUCAGAUCCAUGGCUGAACAGUACAAUCAGGCGUUGGUGGAAACCGUCAGAGAGGAAAUCGCCCAUGUCCAGGAGAGAAUCGUGGAGAAGAAAACUGAAAAGAAGGACUUGGUGUUUUUCGUUACCUUGGGCUACAUUUUCUCGGCCUCCGACCACUUUCACUUGGUGAUUACGCCUACGCUCAUCUUGAUGAACCAAUUUUUAAACAACUGCAUUUCUGAACUCGAUAACAUCUCUCUUCAGACUAUUGGUCAGGGCUUAUUUGUGUGUGAUGCUCUCUUGAACUACCAGUUUUUUGCUAAGCGAUACGACCCUGAGGUGGUGAAAUUCGUCGAAAGAUGCAUCUUACUUCUUAUUCCCGAACCUGCCAAAAUUGGCUCCACACUCUCUUCCAAGAAAUACAAUGGUUCUGUGCGCAGUCUUCACAAGACAUUCAAGCCUGCUUCAGGUGUUUCUAAAGAGCCAUUAAAAUUGCAAAUGUUUUUCGAGAACUUAAAGAAAUCGUCAGAAAAUGAGUUCAAAUUCCGUCUUUUGUCAAAGGCUUUGGCCAUCAUGGACCGUUGCUGCACGAUAUGGAGGGAAAAGUCAGGUCUUAUUGAAAUCUUGCAUUCGUUUGAGGCUAUCUUGAAGCAUGUAGCCAAAUUCUACGCAGCAGAGCUUCCAGUUGCAGACAUGCUUGGAAGAUUCAGCAAGCUUGACACCAACAUGAGCAAGACCAGAAAGCCGUUGAGAUUGCAAGAACAUAGGCAGUUGGCUAUCCGCACAUUUGCACCUAAGUUCGAAGAAAACUUCAACCCAGACAAGAAGUCUUACGAUAUUAACCGUGAGAGACAAGAGGUGAACAAGAUGAAGGCACAGAUUAAGAAGGAGAAGAAGCUGGCCAUGAAGGAUCUCCGUAAACAGACCAGAUUUGUUGCCAGACAGCAGAUUGGCGAGAAGAAACAAAUGUAUGCUGACUACCACCGGAAGAUGGCCAACAUUGUCAAUUCCAUUUCGACGGUGGAGGGAGCCGAGAAGAAUGAGUACGAGAGAGAGAAGAAGAGAAGACAGCAGAAGAAGUAG